AUGGGCUACAACGUAACAAUAUUCUUCGAAAUUAACAGAGAAGAGAAAUCGUUUGGAUUGAGGAUGAGCGAUAAAGAGAUAAUUUUCAUCGCCGCACCGCUUGGUUUACUCACAGUAGCGCUGAUAAUUGCAACGUACUGUAUCACAAAGAGAAAAGUAGGAGAAUCAAGAAUUGGAGAAAAAUGGAGCGAUGAGGACCCUUUGGUUUUGGGGAAAAUGAGCAAGAGUCAAAGCAUGAAAUUCACCGCGCCGAAAUCACGGAGCUAUUACGAUCAGUUUCUCACGAGCGAGGAAGUAGAGGCUUUCAAGCAAAAGAUGAAGGAGAAAGAAGCAGCAGACGCGUCUGACAAAUGUGAUUCUAGCGACAACACGGAGAUCGAUGAGAGCUGUGUCACAGAAAAGUCCACACUUCUGCCUACUUCAGCGAGCAUUCACGAUCCUAUAUCAACAAUGCUCGGCAAUUCGGAGCCCUUUCAAGCUGACCACACAAUGAAUUGGAACCUACGAAGGGAACUUUCCAUUCUUCAGUCGGAGCUUGAAGACACGGAAGAGAACAGUAGUGAAGAACACCCGGCAAAGCCAAAGGGGUUAAUAAAACAGACGCAGGGGCCAUAUGAAAGACUUUGA